AUGGAUCCAAGCACAAGUGGACUCGUCCAGAAAUUGGCAGAAGCCGGCCAAUCUCACCUCCUCCAAUUCUUGAACGAGCUGAGCCCCGAAGAGCAGGCUGACCUGACCCAUGAACUGCAGAGGAUGGACUUUCAGGAGAUCAAUGGAUUCUUCAAAAGUGCCAUGGAGAUGUCCGGCAGCAGUAAACAGGAGAAGAUGGAUGCUCGUAUGGAGGCGGUGCCCCGAGAGGUCCUGGGGAGCGUGACGAGGGACCGGGAGAAUCUGAAAGACUGGGAGCUGGCAGGUGAACCAUCAAAAUAAUUCAUGUCCUGAGAGAAUGUGUUUGUAAAGUUUUGGGUUUGAUAUUUGUUGGUAUUUGAUUCAAUUGUUGAACUCCUACAUUAGCAGUAAACAAUGAGCUCUUAUCAGAUUUCAAGCAGGACUCAUCCAGUUGCAACAAAAGUAAUCACCUGGUGAGGAGACUGACACCUAGCAAUUUAAUUCAAUUGUUGAGUAACUUUGAAAUACAAAAUGAGAGAGAUGGACUCCUAGUGUUUGACUCCAACACCUAACCAUCCAUGUACUAUACAUUAAUGUUUUCAGAGCACAGUGGGCGUCCUAGUAUCUUAUGUUACUGAUAUUUCGGGCCCUUUGUUAUCCAACUUUGCUAACCAAGACGAGAUCUUGAUCAGAAAUCCUUUCUUUGCUCCGUGGUUUCUCAACAAACAAACUCUUUCCAGGCUCAACCUCCUGUGUAGGUUUGACAUUUGAGUAAGGCAGCUGCACUCGUUCAUUAUACUUUGCGCAAUUGCUCUUGCAGUGGGGGUCUGCCCAUUUAGCGAGGCUGUUGAGUUUAUUUCCUGGGGGAGGAUGAAAACAUCUGCGUUUGAUUUAGGUCUGACGUAAAUGGAGUUUCAGCUCGACCCUCGUUCAUGAUGUCACUCCGCUCUGUCACAAAGAGUUCAGGGUGUGUAUGUGUGUGUUUGAGGGAGUAGUCCUAGUCGACAAGGUCCACCAAGUCUGCUGUUGUAAAACCUUGUCUUCUGAUACUUACAGGAAAAAAAAAAGAAUAUUACACAGCGAGUCAUGUAGCAGAAGUUUAUGUAAGAUAACCAUUGAACUGCAAUAAAAGUAAUCAAGCCUGGCGAGGGUUAUUGGUUUCCAGGGCAAAGUUAUUAUUAUUGCCAAAGUCCAGUCGGACAGUUUAUGAAAGGCUGGGUAUUUACUCGCUUUGAUACAUGAAGCAAAUGUUUAAGCAUUGUUUUGGUGAAAAAUCUCACUCAUUAGAUCAAGUUUAUCCUGGUAUUUUAAAAAUUGGACAUGUUCCACUAUCUGAAAUAGACUUGACACGGGCGGCAGUAGCUCAGGAGGGGAAGGGUCGUCCAACAACUGGAAGGUUGGCAGUUCGAUUCCCCUCUAUCCCUAGUCUGUCUGUUGUGACCUUGGGCAAAACACUUAACCCACCUUGCUCCCAGUGUGUGUCCUCCACUGGUGUAUGAUUGUGAGUGUUGUGUGGUGGUGGUCGGAGAGGCCAUAGGUAGUUUAUCUCUACCAGGGUGUGACUGUGUGAGCGAAUGAAUGAUGUAUCCAAUGUAAAGCACUCUCAGGGUCUCUGAUAAAGCGCUAUAAAAAUCUGAUGCAUUAUUAUUGUGUAUAAUAUUCUUCUCUUAUAAACACAUAAACAAUCCUCUUUUGUACUCCAGGUCUGCAGAGCAUCUCUCAGAGCAAAGUAGCAGUACUGCUGUUAGCUGGUGGCCAGGGAACCAGACUGGGGGUCUCUUAUCCCAAAGGCAUGUACGACGUGGGGUUACCAUCCCACAAAACCCUCUUUCAGAUCCAGGCUGAACGCAUACUGAAGCUGCAACAGCUGGCUGAGCAGAAGCACAAAACCAAGUGCUGUAUUCCCUGGUGAGACGCUUUUGGAUUUUUUAUUUCAGUAUGAGACAACUCGUGUAUUUUAGUCAGUGUGCCAGUCAGUUGAAGUGCUGCUUUAUUGGAAGAGAAAAACAGAUAAAAGCGACCAUUUUCUUCUCUCAGUUCAUAAAAAAAAGUUAAAAACAUUUGACCUAAUUGUGUUUUCAUGUUGACUAACUGGGUCAAAUCUCUACUACCAUCAAAAGGAAACUCACUGAAGGGAGUUGUAUUACUGGAAAGGAUUAGUACCCUGUGGUCAGGAAUCCAAGGACACUUUAAAAACUUAAUGAUGCAGAUACCAGGAGUGCAGUGGAGGGCAUAAAGUUAAUAUAACACUGUUGUCAAAACUUUACAGCUAUGCUAGAUGCAAAGAGAUACUUUAUCAUCAGCAGGUCUGAUUCUAUAAGGAAGCUACUUUUUUAUUGUGUCUCAUGAACUUUAAGUUUAUACCUCAACCUCAAGUUGAGGUCAGCUGUUUUGCAUGUCUUGCCUCCAGCACAAGGAAAGAAAUUGUAACAGGGUUUUACCCAACAUGUAAACCCUCUUUCCUCUGCUUCCUGUUAUUCUCUUGUUUUCAAAAUCAGAGAAACUACCAGAUGAAUUAAUCAUGUCGCUUGUAUGUUGCCCUCAGGUUCAUCAUGACCAGUGGCAGGACAAUGGGCUCCACCAAGGACUUCUUCUCAAAACACAACUAUUUCGGCUUAGACAAGGACAACAUCAUCUUCUUUCAGCAGGGCAUGCUACCAGCCAUGGAUUACAAUGGCAAGAUCAUACUGGAGAGCAAAGGAAAGCUCUCCAUGGCUCCUGGUAAGCUCAUUCAUGACUUCUAACCCAUGACUUUUGAUGAAUUACUUUCCAAGUAGUCUUGAUGUGAGUUUCUGUUUCUGUAUUACAGAUGGGAACGGGGGUCUUUACAGAGCCCUAGGGAACCAGGGCAUCAUAGAUGACAUGGAGCAGAGAGGGGUUGAAUUCAUCCACGUGUACUGUGUUGAUAACAUCCUGGUCAAAGUGGCAGAUCCUGCCUUUGUUGGUUUCUGUGUGCAGAAGGGAGCGGACUGUGGAGCUAAGGUUGGUUUUCUGUUUCUGUCUUUCAGUUCUUUUCAAAAUCCCCGUCUCUGUGGAAUGCAUUUUUUUUUUUUGCUUUACUCACUUGGAGUUUAAAUCUAAAAUCUGGGGAGUAUACUGAUGUUGGUGAAGGAGUAGAUCAAGCAGAGAGUUUACUGUAUUUCUGUCAUAAAGUUGUUUGAUUAAAUCAUCUCCGACUGCCGUGCUUCUGAUAACCUGAUAAGUUACUUUUUACCAGACAAGGAAGUAAUAAAAAAACAAUAAGACUGCAUUGACUCAUAAAACCAAAAUGAAAAAGAAAGUUCAUGUUCCUUCGUCAAAUGCUGACAUGUGCUGGUAGAUGUGUUAAGUUCAAAUGAACAAUCAGCGCACAUUUUACAGGAUCAUUUCCACUUCUUGCAGCUUUUUUCCUUCUUCAUUUCUCAAACCUGUGCCUGGCAAGACUUUGAACUGUUAAACAUGGACUAAACUAUUUACAUAUACUCUCCUAUCUCCCCAUGUGUGACUUUUGCUUCCUCAUCAAAACUUUUGACACCUGCGUUCUUGUUUCCCGACCACAUACUCAGAGAGAAGUUGCAUGUAUAGUUUUAAAAUUCUCGUAAGACAGCCUUCAAACAGUUACAUGGAAUGCAAGUUGCUUUAGCAUGGUGGAUGUGGAUCAUGUCAGUGAGGGUGUGUGUCUGUAGCAGUUUGACUCACUCUCUUUGCAUCUGCACCUUCCACACCUCGCCUCUGAGUGGAGACACAGGCCACUUUUGUCGGCAUCCCUCCCUGUGGUUGUUACUGUGGAAUAAAGUAGCUACAGCUAGCUAUCUAGGAAAUUUAAGAGUAGAGCUUAGCUGAACUUUCCCUCACCAUUCAUCAUUGUCUCAGAUAACAUGAGUGGAGUUUAAAGAUGUCACUUUUUCCUAUAGGGCUUUCUUAGAACACUGCAUUUUCACAUUGAAGGGGGGAAAAAAAAGCUCCACCGAGUGAAACAAUUUUUCCUCUGGUCAACAAACUCUAUUCAUGUUUAGCUUUUAGCAUGUGUUGUUAACGUGAGCAUUCUCGGCAUGGAAUACCUAGCAGGCAUGGGCCUCACAGAACAGGUUCAUCAGGUUCAGACAGAACCUUAAGAUUGAGGAAACUUCAGGCACAGCUCGUUCAGUUAGUCAUGCCUUUAUUUUAAUGACAACUCUGCGUCAUUUACAUGUUAAAUUAGUCAAGAGAGGAAAUUUGAAACAAUGCAUUAACCUAUAUGAUGUACAGUAAGGCUUAAAACCCCAAUUUAUAUCUAGUUUCAGGGACUAACAGAAACAGAAAAGAUUAAAUAAUGACAUAAAAUCUUAACACACAUUGAGACAUUUAAGUUAUAAUUUAUUUUUCUCCUCAUAAUGUGAAAUUAAUUUAUUUGAGGACCGUCUGAACAUGAAUACGAAUGCAUGUUUAAGUAAUGUCCACAACCUUUUCAAACCUCACAGCUAUUUCCAGUAUGUAGAGUAUGAUUAAAACCAGGAACUAGAAGUUGAAAUGCACUAUCAGUCAAACAGUAUCAUCAGAUUCAUCAGUGACAAAGACCUGAGUAAUAGGGAGAACUGGGUGAAGCACCUCUUUUUGAUGAUAUCUGUCAAAACUUGGGCCGUUGUUUCCAAGGUUACCACACAAAAACAAAUCAACAGAAACAAGAGAGGAAAACCUGCAGCAGUCACAAAACAUCCUGUUGACUAAGAGCUAAAUGAGGGAUGGUAAUGCACAGGCAGCAGGUCUUCUUCUUAAAAAGUCCUCAUGUAGUAUGUAGCUAAGGUCUGAGACUUCCUGCUUGGGAAAUAGGAUCUGAUCUAAUUCGUGAUUCAGAUAUUUGAAACUCGCCAUUGCUCUAUGGCCUUACUAAGAGAUUUUGAAAUAACAUCAUGCUAUAGUGCUGCGACUUAAGUUUAUUAGUUAAUCCAGUCUGUUUGAACACAGUCUUGCAGUCACAUCAUAGACCUUGAUUUGCUGAUCAGAGUGUAUUUUCUGUUUUCCAACACAGACCGUUUCUGGCAUGCUAUUUCUCAGUAGUCCUUCCUCUCAAGUUGUGUUUUGACUCGGGUGAAUAUCUUGAGAAAAGGCAGAGUAGUUUUGAGACUGUGACUGUUUCUGUUUGACAUCAAAAGUUGUGCAUUAGAGCACUCUGAGAUGGAGGGAUCAGAUCAGAGCAGGGUCCCACCCUCCCCUCAUAAAUUACUGAGCUCUGCUUCAGUUCAUGUGGCCUCUCCACCACCACCACCACCACCGCCGCCCCCUACCCCGCCCCAUUUACAACCCCCUCAUCAGGACACUCUGUCAUUAGCAAAAAAACAGAUGAGGAGAGGGUUUUUUUCUUCUCUUAAACUCACUGCCUACAAAACAGACAGAUACCUCUUAGAAAAUCUGAUCCAGUUUAUUUGCCUCCUUGGUCUUUGGUUUAAAGUGUUGUUCAGGCCAUUAUUUAACAUGUUUUAGCUCUACUGCAGCUGUUUUUAAUCCAUUAUGUGUUUGUUUCUUGUAGUGUGUGCCAUGCAUAAUAAAAAUGGAUCAUCAACAAUGUUUUUCUUCUUUUGUGAAGUUGAAAUAUAAAACUUGCAGAAACUUCUUAUUCCUAGCAUAUAGCACGAUCGAUUAAAUCGCUUUCUUGUCCUUGUGGUUUUGUUUUACAGGUUGUUGAGAAAACCAACCCGACAGAGGCAGUAGGUGUAGUCUGUAAGGUGGAUGGGCGUUAUCAGGUGGUGGAGUACAGCGAGAUCACCCUUGCGACUGCUGAGAGGCGUGGCGCCGAUGGACGACUAAUGUUCAGUGCUGGAAAUGUGGCCAAUCACUUCUUCAGCUUCUCUUUCCUCAAAGACGUCGUGCAGUAAGACACUUGCUCCCUGUGUCGUGAAUAUAAUGUACUUUUAUGUCAUGAGUUUUGCCUAAGCUGUAUUAGAAGCAAAGACUGUGCCUCCAGGUCUUUAUAAAGUUGAUGCACGGCAAAGAACAAGCAUCCUAACUGUUUUUCUUUCUUGUUGAAUCAUCAGGAAGUUCGAGCCACAGCUGCAGCACCAUGUGGCCCAAAAGAAGAUCCCGUAUGUGGAUGCACAGGGUCAACUAAUCAAACCAGAAAAACCAAAUGGGAUUAAAAUGGAAAAGUUUGUCUUUGACAUCUUCCAGUUUGCCAAGUAAGUUGUAGUGUGCUUUUUCCACAGAGAGCACAGAAUGCAUGAAAACAUCAACAAGUGCCAUCAACCUCCAAAAGAGAGGCUGUAAACCACGAAGAGUACAACGAGUAUCUGUUACUGUUUGCAGAUGACUGCAUUGCGUCUUUCGGGCCUUUGAGCCAGGGUCUAACUAGUUUUUGAUCCGCCUCUCCUUUUAUGAACCAACCCAUUUUUCCAUACCCAGUGCCUACCCAGCAGCCCGGUCCUGCCAUUGCUCUGAGGUCUUGUCCAGUAGAUGAAGCCUGCCAAGCACUCUGCAGGAGGAGGGAGGUUUAUGAGCUGUUCUCCAUUCCACCUCCUCCAGUGCUGCGUGACAUCAGCUUUGAGUCACGCCACUACGAAUAGAACUUUACAUAUAAUGAAAGGAUUCCUGUAAAAAUGAAAUGAUGGAAAAAUACUGCAGACUUAUCCAGCUGUCUUUAAGGCUUGUUUGCAGAAUUUCAAUGCAGAAUGAGUGAGAGUAGUUUUUGGCUUUGCUCAGUAGGUAGAUUUAUUUAUUCUUUUCACUUUUUGAAUAAGUUUAUCUGCUUCUGUUGUGUAAUGUAGAAUUUCAAAAAUUUUAAGGUAUACCACGACUGUCAAUUGGUUAACUUAGAACAGUGGAUAGAUGAAUAGAACAGUGCUUGUUACAUUUUUGCUUUUAUUACAUUGUUUUACCCAUAGACUGUUUAUAGAAUGAAUGCUGUCUGCCUCCUACCCUGAGAACAGCACACUCUGGUGACAGGCUGCAGUAUAGGUCAUAAAUCCCACCUCCUCCAGCAAUCCCUAUGGAGCUGUGGACAAACUUUAGAAAUUUAUUACACAGAACCUACAUUUUUCUCCCCCCUGCUUGCGAUGUUGACAUGUAGUUACUGUAAGACUGGUUUGUGCUCAAGUCCUCUUUUUUCUGUACAGCUCCAUUUUUAAAAGUUAUAAGGAGAUUCAUGUUUUCUAUGAUUGACACUUGAUACAGCCUAUGGGCGUAUGAAGAUUGUGUAGCUCACCUGGGGGAUACGCUGUUUUAGCCGAGCAUCAUCAGAGCGACUCUCUGCGACUCUCCCGCCGCAUGCGUACAACACUGCGCAAUGUUGGUUUCAGGAAGUGGAGAAAAAUCGCGGAAAUACCGAGAGCUUUUUGGCUACAAACCCGUAUACUGGUGGAAGGCGGAACCAAGUUGUCCACAGUAUAUACAGUCUAUGAUUUUACUACUUUUAGAAUUCAACAGUUGUGUUACAUUAUUGACAAAUUAUUACAUUUCGGGUGUCAUAACAUUUUUAAAAAUGGUUAUUAUUACAACUUCACAGUCUUUGCCUCUAACACAGGUUAUUUUUACAUUUUGGUCUCUAACAGGGCGGUUUUCGUCCAAGAACAUUUGCACACUCAAUCACUUAUACACACUCACAUCUUCAGGCUGCUCUGCUGAGUUAAAGGCUGGUUUGUGGCCACUGUAACUGCAGACACUAACAGUGUCCACAACAGCCUCUGUGUAUGUAACAACAUUGUCUAAUGGAUUAUUUGAUAAACUGUGAAACCAUGUGCAGCAGCGUUUUUAGCUAUGAAAAUCAACUCGUGGAACAACCAGGUGGUUUUAAACUUGUUAUAAUAAGCUGAAUAACUUGAACACUUAAUCUGUCUUUGUUAAAUACUUUGAAAUAUCUCAUUCAAAGAUUCUUAGACAGCAGGGACCGUCAUUUGUCAUUUUUGCCUGUGUGCUGACAUGCUGUUACAUUUGUGUCCAACAGGACGUUCGUUGUGUAUGAGGUGCUGCGGGAGGACGAGUUCUCCCCUCUGAAAAACGCAGAUAGCCAGGACGGCAAAGACACACCCACCACAGCCAGACACGCCCUCAUGUCUCUUCACCACCGCUGGGUGCUCAACGCUGGGGGCCACUUCAUUGAUGAGAACGGCAGACGUGUUCCUGCCAUACCUAGGUGACUUUUGCCCGCUAAAACACAAUGUCACGUGCAUGUUAUGUAACUGGAAAAUAUCACUCACCUUGUCUGGCAUGACAGUAGAAAUGGGUUCCCUGUGGUCUCCUUUUCAACACUUUAUGCACAGACGACAUUCAUAAGCUUAUUUAUUUCUUGUUUGAGAACAUCAUAUGCUUUUAGCCUUACAUUUUCACUUCCCUCCUCUCAUGCUUGGUCUUGCUCCUGUGUGUCCCAUACAAUGUUUCCAGAGACGGAGCAGAAGACAGUGUCAAAGAUGGUGGCAACAGAAAGUAAUUAUUAUCCCCCUGCAGUACCCAGUGCUUGGUGAUGAGGUUUUGGCUUUCUCUCCCUCUCGCUCAGACGUGUUAACACUACAUACUUCUGAUGCUUGACGUCUCCGUUCCUUCCUCACCACUGAAAAGAAGAACGCAUGCCAGUCGGCAGCUGUUUUUCUGUCUGUCGUGAAAAAGGAAAUGACAGCAAGGAUCAGUUUGGACGACUGAAAAUGCAAUUCCUCUUCAGAUGAUGUACAGUCAUAAUGACCUGCUGAUGGAUGGAUCAUUUCCCUUCAGAUGGUUGCUACUAAUACACGCACUGUAUUGCAUGUUGGGUAAUGGGCUACAAAUAAACUUUCUGGCAAUCAGUGACAGCUCUGAAAUAGAUGAUAACAUUCUGAAGUCAAAUCAACUGUUUUCCUAUAAGAUUUAAAGUGAGCAUGGGCUUUAAUAGCAUUCAUGGCACCUGUGAACAGGUGUUAUAAAUGUGUACUUUUCUCCUAAUCAGCUUUCCCUCUUUCUUAUGACACAACUUUGCGGGCAGCUGCUCAGAACACACCUGAAGUACUUAUGUGACUAGUGAUAUUCAUGGGUAAUGAUGACUAUCUUCCAAAAAACAGUUGAAUGUUGGCAAUGUGGUAGGAAGUUGAAGCAUUGCAAAGAGGUACUACCACAUUUCCUGUCAUUCAUCUGCUUUCCUCUAGAGAGGGGUUGUUACAGGUCGGAGGGCUAAUCACUUGUCAUGUUUGGAAGCUCUGAUUCUCUGCCUUUGAACUCUAAUCACAUGCUGCAGUAGAAGAACAGCUGUUUCAACGACGUACAGCUGCUGCUUUCAACUCCAUCCCUCCGCCCUUUCAUGAGACAAUCACUCAUCUGCCUUUUUUUUCCCCCUCAUCCUCCUUGAAUUUGUUCUUUGUCCAACACAGCCUGAAAGAUGGAACAGACCUGCCAAUCAAAUGUGAGAUUUCCCCACUGGUGUCCUACGGCGGAGAGGUAGGGAGACAGAGCUGACUGUAUCAGAUUAAAACCACAGAUGUUGUCCCACUCUGGCCACAACCCCCGAAAUAAUUAACCUCUGCACCCACUAACAGUGUCCUGAUGUUGUCAUUUGCUUCUUAAAGGGCCUUGAAGACUUGGUGAAAGACCGGGAGUUCCAUCCAACCCUGAUGAUCGAUGAAAAAGGAGUCCAUGAGCUGGUGAAGAACGGAGUUUAGACAAUGAAGACGGGAGGGCGAGAGAUGGAGGGACAACCCAAAGACCAAUCUCCCUUUGUCUCUCCAAGUAUGCAGGGAGAUACUGUGAUGUCAUCGCUGUGCAAUAACAAAUGUGACAUGGCCACGCGUGUUCGGUCGUACCGUUCAAAAAGAGCGGGCAAGAUGAAGAGUUUUGUUUACUACUCAGCGCCGAGUUUUCUUUGCUUUGUUUGUUAGUGUCAUAGUUCAUAUUUGUGUCGAGUUACUUGAACACAGCAUCUUAUGAAGGACGAAGUCUCUGUCAUACUGACUGGAUGAAGCAGGUGCUUCUAUUUAUUUUGCUUAUGAAACUUAUUUUUUUAUGUACUGGUAGAUUCAUAAUAGGUGGUGUUUACCAUCUUAUUAUUUUCCCUGGUAAUUUUUAUACAACAUUAGAGUGAGCGGAAAUAAUCGGGAAGAUUUUCUGACUUGCAUUUAAUCGAAGUACACGGUAUGGGCUUGGGGGGUAUUUAUAAUAUCUGCUUCUUUUCUGUUUCUUCUAAUCAUUGAAGAUAAAGUAUUACUAUGCUUCAGGAAAUGCUGCAAAUGUUAUCAUCUUUAAUAAAGAAAUGUCCAACUCUGUAAACCCCUAAGCGUGUAGCUUGGUUUGUGUUCAAAAAUAGAAAACCUUGUAAAAUCAAGUUUUUGUAAAAUCAGCAAACAAACAUGAUGUUUUAUGUUUCACUUGCCUGUUUCUACAUGGUAUGAUUUUUGCAGACAACUCUAGCUGUCUUGAAUCAGUUUUCAGCUCAUAGGACGUGUUUAAGGUGGGUCAGAGUGGGCAUCAGUAAAUUUUCACGACUCUCUUCUUACUCUGAGGCUCUUCAAUUGCAUGAUAAUGUGAAGUAACUGCAGUAUGGGACUUCAAGGGCAAAUACUCAGGGUUUUCUGACAAUGUCUGCACUUUGAAUGGGUUUUGGUCAGUCAUGUGCUCUGGUAGUUUGAGGAGCAGGGCUUAAAAAAAUGACAAGGACACGUCUUGUGUGCCGUUGGGCAUCAUGACACAGAAAGUCCUGAUUAACAAAGGUUAGCACUUCACCUUUCAGUCUGUCCUUGCCAUUUUGUGAUCAUACGGUUGUUGCACAGACACUGUUCUAGCCUGUCAAAAUAAUUGUGAUCUAGUGAAAACUGUAUUGAAUCGCAGGUAGCCUUGAAGUAACAGUAUGGAUAGUCGUUUAAACCAUUUACACCAACAGUGUGGAGUUGAUUUAAACAUCAACUCCACACAUUAAUUCAAGAGCAGAAAAUUUGAGCUUUUAACACUUAGCUACCCGUAUUUGGGUGAAUAUUCAUGUUGAAAAUGUAGUUCUGGGCAAGAAAAAACAGUUAUACACAUAAUUCACAAAAAAAAUCAUGCAAUAUGCUUGAAGGAAGUAGCAUCUAGUAAUAUUUAACCUGCUGUGUUUUACAGAGGGGGUUAAAACUGAGUGGUUUAAUAAAAAUCUAAUUAAAUAGAACAAUUAGAUAAAAUAGGACCUAAAGAUGUAUGACACUUAAAUAACAAAUCUUACAUGUUAACUGAACAUAAAGAUUAAAAUGAGAGCCUCUGAAAAGGGCAAUACAUCUAGUUUAACCCAUAGGAAGGACAUUUACAGGAUGGUACUCUUUCAUUUUUACUACACAUAUUGCAAAGGCAUCCAGAGGCACUUUUUUUAACACAGUGUGCAGACAGAUGGACUUCCCAUACCCCCACACUCAGAUUUUAGUCAUGGAUUUUUUUUCUGCUUUUAAUACAGUCAACGAUAUCACCCUCUGCAACCAUCUCCUGGACUUAGAGGUCAACCCAACACUGAUCCUCGGAAUUAAAGAUUUUCUGCAGGACCGGCCUCAGCAUGUGGUGGUAUACGGUUUUAAGUCUCACAUUGGAGUCCUAAAGGGUUGUGUUUUAUCAACACUUUUAUUUUCUAUUCACACAAAUAAUAUAACAAACAAUAACAUUAAUAUAUCCCUUCUAAAAUACGCAGACGUCACGGCCCUGAUGGCCCACAUUGAUUACAAAAAAAGUCAUUCCAAUGCUAUCACUCACUGUAAAUCUUUGCUUCAGAAAACGUAAAAUUCAGGUGUGCAGAUAACUAUUUUAUCUGACAUAUACUGACUGCAGUGGUUUUAGGAAUCAGUAUAUGGGUAUAUGGGGUCUUAUUAGUUUGGAGGCCUUAAAUAGGCAAGAAAAUCUCCACGCAAGCAGACAAUGAAACUAAUCAAAUCAUAAAGUUAUGACAUUAUUUUUUUAAAUUGGGAUACUCUUUACUCCAGGUUAAUCUGGCUCUCUAUUCAUGGGGCUCUACUACUAAUUAGAUAUCCAAUUAUUUUGUUAGUUCACUACUCAGGCCAAAAAAAGCCGAUCCUCUAAUGUCUAAAGAGACACACCUCUGACACUAAGGUAUUAAGUUUCAGGUAUUAAGAGCGUGACUAACAAAGUCACGUCUUGGGUAUGUCUAGAGCAGUCAAUGGUAAUCUCUAUUCAUGAUCACCCAUGUGAAAUGACUUUGUAUAACAGUCUUUAAUUGACAGUCUAGAUUUCAUCUUCAAACUUAAAAGUAAAAUAUUAAAAACAAAUCCUAAAGAAAAACUAACUCCUCAAAGAGCUCUAUAAAUUUGUUGUGAGAUGACAGAGAAAUAACCCCAGAAGACAGCAGCCGCAAACAUUACUUUCAGCCUCAAGCUGUCAAAAGAAAGGCUCUUUUCAGGGGGAAGAAAGCUUUCUGAUUGAGCAUUGGAUUCGGCGUUAAUUGAAACCGUAUGUGUGGCAUGUGGAAUUCUGGGUCUUUGGCAUGCUCCCAGGAAUCCACAGAAUGUGAAGGUUCUCUCUCUCUCUCUCUCUCUCUCUCUCUCUCUCUCUCUCUCUUCCCCGUUUUUCUCUCCUCUCCCUCUCGUUUUUUUUCUAUUUGCAGGGGUGUCUUACAUCAGCCCAGGGAAAGCGGCUGGUGGACAGACUGAGAGCUAGCGGCAGAGAGAAAGAGCUCAGAUUGCGACUUUAACCGGAGUAAUCUUUAAGAAAACAUCUCUGAACAAAUGGUCUGACGGGACAAAGCAUCUUAAAGUGAGUCACCCUCUUCUUUUAUACAUUAUCUGAACUGUAGAUUCAGGACUUCAUCCUCUCACCUUUUUUCUUAAAUCCAAGGAAAGUACUUUAAAGUUUCCUUGAGGUAUCUUCAUAAUGGGAGCUGCAUGUUUGAACUUUAUGUUCCUUUUGUGUGAAGUAGUUUCUGUCACUGUGUUGCUGGAGACAAACUCCUCUCUGCUCUGCUCUGCUGCAGAUCCAGCUGCUUCAAACUGAAGCCUGAACACUCUGUUUCCAUUUGCUGGUUUGGAUGUGAUUAAGACCAUGUCUUCAUUAAAACACAUUUGCACUUGAAAUGAUGACCACAGCUGAGAAGAGACUAAAAUGUCACAAGAACCCCCAGCAGAAAUGUAUUUCUUCAAACUUGAAUUGCAUAUUUCAAGCGCAACAGAUUCAGUGCCUUCCUCAAUAAGUUUUGAGACAGUUGGUUUUCACUUAAAGGAUUUCAAGCUUCAGACUGACUAGACUAGAAGAAAUCACUGCAUCAUAUAAAAGCCUGUCUAUUGUGCUGAACGGACAAACUCUUCAACUUACCAGCAACAAAAGAAGUGUAACUAACAUAAAAAUGAUGUGGCUCUCGUUUGAAGCACACACACUUUUGUUUGCUGUAUUGUGGUGGGGUCGUUGGGAGUGUGUUUUGUUGAAGUCAAACAACUGACUCAUUUAUGGUUGCCGAGAUUCUUUCAGAGUUUACUGUGGUCAGCUGGCGAAAUGUGGAGUACUCGGGUUACAGCGCCGAAAAAGCUUUCUGUCCUCAGCACAUGUCCACCUCUUGUGUCAUGGAGGUGGUGUGUGUUAUGUAGGUGUUACGGAGGUGGUAUGUAGGUGUCCUCCUGUGGUAUGUGGGUGAUAGAAGUCCACACAGAGGCCUCUAUUCUGCCAGGUUAUUUGGUAACUCGACUCGACACUCAACUGAAGAGUUAAGAUAAUGUAUGAGCUCAGAGCGCUGAAAUCUGAACCAGCUUUGAAGGAUGUGAGCAGUAGAGAUGCUGCUGAUCAAUGGAAUGAUUGUAAAGAAGAGGUCAAGGUGAUGCUGAGGAUAUGUAUGUGUGAAUAUAAAUGUCAGGUACAUGGGUACAAUUAGCUUGUCUUUGUUAUCAUUCAAAGUGGCUUGCUGACCUUAGUACCUUAAAUAGAAGUCGUUUACUGUCUAAAUAAACCAAUGGAAAAAUCAUUUAAAAUCAAUUGCAUGUUAAAAUUCUAUGUUUUUGUGUCCAGUGUCUCCAACAGGAUUUUUAAAAAUCUACCCUAACAUGCUUAAAUACUCUUUCAACCGCUGUUGUCCUCUGUACUUUUUUACCCUAUGUCUGUCAUUUUUUUUUCAUUUUAGAAGACUCAAAAAAAAAAAAGCAUUAAAUUACAUGAUCUUAUAUUAGCAUAUUUUCCAUGUCUUCAGUACUUGCACUAUUUAUCUAUAUAGUUACUUUAAAACAUCUAAAAUAAACAACUCCCAUUCGUUGAUCACAUUCACGAAAUAUUCAAAAAUGGCAUCCUGCUGCACGUUGAAAUGAAACAAUUCGAUUUGAAAUUGUUUAACAACUUUUUUUACUUUGUAAAAAAAAAUGCAAAAUAUUAAUCCUGAACUCUUUCUGUAUAUCAGUUCUUCCGUCUUCAUACAUGUGUAAACUUUUCUCUGAGCAGCGCCAAAGUAAACAAAGCAAUGUGAAGGAAACUAAAAGAGCAAUGACAAAACUUGACCACUAAUUAAUCUAGCAAUGCACCGAUGACCACAGAUUUAUUAUUCAUUAAAGUUUAAUACAUCAAGACGAGGAAUGCAUUGGUGACCGCAGAUUUAUAGUUUAAUUAAACAAGGGUGUUGAUUUUUCCUUAAGGCCUAUUUGUUGUGCUCUCCAUACUGGGUGUGGAAAGCAUCUUUAUCAAGGUAAAUAACUACUUUUUCAAAGAAGAAAUGCAGAGUUGUUGCGUAUGACGAGUAAAUGAAAUGCUUGUGGUGGACCGUUCAAAAAAACAGUAUGGGAGGGAAUCUUCAGGGGGGGUAUAAUCUCAUACCAUUGUGAUGUUAUCUGACACUAAUUUGAUCUUUUAGGCAAUAGUAUGUGCACACACACAUAUGAGCUAUAACACACACUUUGAAUUAAUUAAAUCUAGUAAGCUUGACAGUUAUGAGAUCUAGCUUGCAUGUGGUGCACAAGCACUCCCUCUAGGAUGAGCAUAGUAGUUAAGAAGUCAUAAAAGAACCCCUCCGAGAGUGUAUUUUCAUGUUUUUCUGAUGUUACAUUUGAAUUAUAGCUCUUUCCUUUACAGUUCAGAGUCUGACAGACAUCCUCAAAUACAGACUUUGAUAACAAACCACAGCUAAAGUAACACCGGAGGCACCCGGGGCUUUCUUAGCUUAACUGUGCCUUGAGUUGUGCGAUUGGAAGUGUUUUCAGAUCAAUGCUCCUGGCAAAACAAAACCAGCUCGGCGCUCGCAAGCAGAGGUGCAUGCUGUAAUUUGGUAAAAAUAGCUGCAUUUCAGGGAACAUCAUCCCUAAAAUACUGUGCUGUUGACUUUGUAUCCCACACGUGCUUGAACUCCGACCCUGCCCGAACCAGCACCCCUCUCAUCACCCACCAUUUAAGGGGGAUUGGGUUACUCGCAGCCUGCAGCAGACUACAUUUGUCCCUUUUAGCCUGUUUCUUGGCUUGAAUCAUUUGUUUGUCCUUGACUUGGGAUCUCCUUCCAACCAGAGUAGAUUUGUUGUACACCAACAGGAAAGAUAUACGUAAACUCUUGAUGUUUUCUCAACUAAAAAAGAGAAAAAAGAAUAAUACCAAUGUUAAUAUUAAGCAGCUGCUCUAAAAACAGAAAAACUAGCAAAAAUCAUGAAAAACAAUGAAACUUUUGAGCCAAAAGAUACAUUUACAUACACAUCAACCCCAAAUCACUGGUACUUAUAUCCUCCUGUGUUUGCACAUGUGGCCUCUGUUUGUCUUCAGUUCUUCUCUCCCUCCAUCUUGUAAGUGGUAAUUUCUCAUUGUUUGUUUAUCUGUUUGUCUGGUAAUAAUUAUCUGUCUGUCCACCUCACGUCCUCCAUGAUUACAGGCUGUCAGGGAUGAUCUUAGCUUGCAUUUCCACAUGAAAAGAACCUCAGGACGUGCUGCAGGCUGCCAUUGCGUACAAAUGACAGCCUCCAGCCAAUGAAAGAGUUGUCACUGCUAACAUAUCAGGCAGUAUGGAUGACUUUUUAUAGAACUGCUGCUAUCUGCGCUGUUGUUUCAGCCCUUGUGUAAUUGAUGUCUGUGGAGUGGUAUGAUGAGUUGACAGACAUAGAAAGUAACUGAACACCUGUAAGAUAAUUUUACUGCCAUUGUACUGUCUUUUAACUUCUCUGAUUUAUGUUGUGGAUUUAGAUUCCCUACAGAAUAAGAGCUCAGUUAAACUACGCUUCACUUUUCCAAGAGCCAAAACAACUCAACUCAUGUAUCUUAAACUCAUUUGCUGAAACAGCAGCAAAACCAACACAGAAGCCCAAAACAUGCAGUUCCUCAAAUGUCCACUUGAGGCUGUUUGAAAAGCCCUGAAAGUCAGGAGCACACCCCUUCAAAAAAGCUCAUCUUUCCAUCACAGUAAACAUGUUUACAGUAGGGUGAUCAUAUGUCCUCUUUACCCGGACAUGUCCUCUUUUUUGGGGGGUGUCUGGGCUUGUUUGGCUUUGUCCGGGGAAGUUUAUAAAAUCCUUCAAAUGUCUGCGGUUUUGUAUGCCAGUUUCGAUUUUGUGUCACUGAGUUAGAAGCACAGAAAAGACACUGUCCGACAUGAAAAACUCUCAAAAUUAACUUCGAGCGACUCCAACUGAAUGACAUGGAGACACACUGUAGCUGUUAGCGACCCCACACCUGUGUCUUGCUAGGUUGAGUCAGCAUUUCCAACAUGGCAGCCAUGGAUGGGCAUCAAAACUGCACUUAAUGACCCAACUGGUGACGUCACUGUUUUUUACAGUCUACGGUGGCAACCAGUCAAGUUUGAAAGGUGUUGGUAAAAAAACACAAAACAAAAAAAAAACCUUGCGCUUCAGCAGAGAGUACACUCCCCAAAAAUACAUUUUCCUUAAUUAAAGUAAACUCUUUUCACUUCCCUCAAACACUGAUGAUUUAAAUGGCAUCAGAAUACAUGAAGGUGCGUAGAUUUCUGGGAGUUGUUUAGUCACAUUUUCAGGUACAAGAAAACAGGUUAUUUUUUACUGUGGACAUUAAAGAAAAGACUUCUGGUCUUAGCGGACCACAAAUAUGCUCUGAUUUCGGCAGUGUGCAGGGGAUGGACCUCUGCCCUGACAAAGGGAAAUGGAAAAAGAGCUUCUUGGCGUGGGCCGGUGUUUUUCCAAUCUGACAGUGUGGCUUUAAAGUUCAAGGCCUGGGUUUUCAAUCAGAAUGAAUUUCCAGUCAAAGAUUUAAGACUUCUCUCCUUACAUAACAAACAAAACCUUUUCGUUGCAGAAUAUUGUAACCAGCUCAGAGUCUUUAUUGAAGGUGUAGCAGGUGGGCUUACAGCCUUUUCAGCCAGCAGUUUCAUACUUUGUGUUUCCUUUUGUCUUUAAACAUCAGCUGGUAGUCUUGAAACACCUGCGCACAACUUGAACAGUUAUUAUGCACAGGCAACCAAAUAGUCUUAAAUGAUACCAUUACGGAGUAUUUAUGGCAGGUGUCUCACUUCAUGAAAAGCAGCACAAAACUGGACUUUUCAGUAUUUCAUUUUCAUUUAUUUAUUUAAAAGGAACAAUGCAUAUUAAUGAACAUAAAAAUGUAAAUAUGCCAGAUUUAGCCAAUGGCUAAUUUUCAUCUGUAGUCCCAGGCAGACCAAGGAAAAGAAAACAUUAAAAAAUGGAAGCACAGUGACAAAUACAAAGAUCAUCCGUACAGCAUGGAAUUCACUCAUGAAACAGAAAAAUCAGUCAACAGGAAGAUACUAAAGGAAUAGAAAUAAGACACUGUUAGCUGACAUAGAAAACAAAACAGAGAAAGAACAGUUAUCUGUGGUUACAUGACUGGUUCCUCUUUAGCAAACUUUUAAUUUUAUAUUUAAUUGGGAUUCAUGUUACUUUCAAACCCCUACUUGUAAAGCAACGUCCUGUUUUGCCCACUCUGUCAUAAGGCAAAAAAAUCAGCCUUGCAUGUAAGCUACUCUAAAAUUAAGCACACACCUCUACAACCAUGAGAAGAGGAAUGGUAUGUGAAGUGAUGAUAAAUAGAGAAUCUGAUAGUUGGCACAUCAUUAAAUGCUUAAAUUUAGUUAAAAUCAUGCAAAGACGAAAAGUCAGGUGUUGUGACAAAGAAGUGUAUUGUUUGUGAGAAAUAUGUGUUCCUUUUCGAUUUAAUGUCAGCUAAACUUUUUAAAACAGUGGAGACAGGGUCAUGAACAUAACAAACAACACAACAUUUGGAAGACAAGGGGACCAGUUUCUGGGCUUUGGAAGGUUACAUGCUGUCCCAUGCCCGCCUGACAUGGGUGUUUAAAUGUUUACCAGUCUCUUUUGUAGGAUUUUUUUCUUCAUGACAUAUCCAAUGUUUUCAACUUGAACAUAUCGACUGGACUCUUCUGCUUUUUUUAUAGUGUGUGCGGUUUAUUUUGGUUAAAUAAAAAUCACAUCAUCAUCUUGUCAAAUUAUAAAAGGUCUUGCCUGAAAAAAGUAUUGUCUGGAUGGCAGCAUAAGUUGCUCUAAAACCUAUAUAUGUUGUUCAUUGCUAAUGCUGCAUUCCUAGGUGUGUAAACUAGCUGUGCCAUGAGCACCCAAGUGUCCCCAUACCAUCAAGGAUGCUGGUAUUUGAAAUGUGUGACGGUAACAUCCAGGUGGUCCUUCUCCUCUUUACAGGGCAGGAUGUGGCAUUCAAAAGUCAGGUUUUGAUUUGUUACCCCACAGAGAUGAUUUCCAUUGUGUCUCAGUCCAUCUUUAACGGGCUCAGUCCAGAGAAGCUGCGGGUGAUUCAGGCCCAUGUUUGUGUUUGCGGUUUCCUCUUUGUUCUAACUUGCAUCUAAGGAUGCAGCGACUCACUGUGCUCAUGGAAAAUAGUUCUGGAUGUGAUUUCAAGCCCACUCAAUGAUAUCUGCAGCAGAGUCAUGUCUGUUUUUAAUGCGAUGCUACCUGGGGGCCUCAAGAUAAAAAACAUCAGUUAUGAGGCGUGUCCCUUUUGAGAUUUCCUCAGAGUAUCUGAAUCUAUUUUUUAAUGAUAUCAUGUAUCGUAGAUGAAGAAAUCCUUUAAGUCUUUGCGAUUCUGUGCUCUGGGACAUUAAUCUUGAACUGCUUGAACUAUUGUCUCACCCUGUUCCUGUUAGAGGGUUGACACUCUUCCCAUCCUCACUUCUGAAAGGCUUACCAUGGAUUGUGUUUGUUGUACCCAGUCAUGUUGCUGACCCAUUACAAAUUAGAAUGAUUAGCUGGGAGGAUGUUCCUCCAGGUUUUUCAGUGUUUUGCUGUCUCUGUUCCAACUUUUUGUUCAUACGUAUUGCUGGGGUCAAAUUCAAAAUAAGGUUUUCCACAGAGCAGCCAUGAAAUUAUGAAGACCUGGCAACCUAAUGCAACCCAAUACAACAGCUCUGCCCUAAAUUCCACUUUGACAGAGAUUUUUAUUUUUGUUAAGAUGUCUUUUAAAUGAAUUGUGAGCGGUGUAGUGGUUGAAAGGUGUUUCUAAUAUUUUGCUCCCCUCGUGUUUGUUAAUGAUUUAGAGAAAAUAUAAGGAACAUCUUUCUAUAAAAUGCACUCCAGCACACAAACCAACUCUAACUCUAACACGUAUGCCACCACCACCCACUAUGUUUUCAAUAAUAAAUAUAUAGUACAAAAAUCAUCUCUCUGACCUUAUCAACUAAAACUGAAAACUUGAGAGAAUCCUUAUGGUGAAUUUUGCUUUUGCAAUAAUUUAUGCGUGUAAUAAAAUAAAUAAAUUGUUUAGUUUUAAUAUUUAAAUAGUUUUCCUUGGACUACUUUUAUUUAAAUGUAGGCUUUAAAUCAUUAAUAUUAUGCAGUGUUGCAACUCUUAUGAAAUUAGAGUAAUCCAAAUCUCUUUGGGAGUAACCCAUACACUGACAGAUUGUUCUCUGUAUGCCUUUCUUUUUGGCCCAGAACAUUUAACUAUGUGUGCGUGAAGACGUGCAUAUUUGUGUCCCUCUCUCUCAGGUUUGACCGCUAUGUUAAUAUAACUCCACCUCCACCACCUGAUUGAGAAAUAAGAUUUGAAUUUCAUGCAUUCCCAUAAAAAAAAAAAUAUCUAGGACACUAUGUUUCCGCCUUCAGGGAGAAAGAGGACUGCAUAAUAGGAAGCGCAUGCGGAUGCCUACUGCCAUACUGUAUGCCUAAAAUAUAUACACCCAAUACCAAAGUGCACAUUAAUGCAUUUUAAUCCUAUUAAUGAGACCGACUUUGUCUAAAGAAACUCAUUUACUCCAAAAGAUGGCCGUCACAGAACUCUGUAAUGACUCAGUACAUAUCUUUAGUGAUGGGGGCUUUUUUGUGUUUAUGAAGCAGAUGAGAGUAUAAAGGCAGACAGGAAAGUAUGAGGGAUGGAGAAGUAUGAACAGUGACAAAUGUGGCAAUUUUACUCUGCAGACUCCUCACAUAAUAGGGAUUGAUAGAGCUGAUUAGCAGCAACAGUGUGACCGGCCUCUAUACAAGUAAUGCAUCCCACAUAUUAUCUUGAAUGCACAGAGUUGUGGUGUGAUUGACUGAUUUGAAAUUAUUUGUACGGUGAGAAAAGAAGAUUUAUUCAUAGUCUAACUAAAUGUUUUGGAGCUGAAUGUUUUUUGCCAGACUAGCAGCUACACAAAGUUAUAACUAAGACAAAUACCUGCAUACAAGUGUUAAAGACAUCUGUGCCUCUUCCCCUCUUCAGUUGAUAUCGCCAGAAACCAGAUUUUAUGUCCACCGGUACGAUGAAGUGUCCAGUUGUUCUUAACCCCAACCGGCUAUUUCUUCUGCAGACACUAUUUUAAAACCAGGAGUGUUGACGCUGCUGUGUGUGUUUGUGUGGGUACGUGAGAGACGCAGCGGCAGGGACCAGAGCCAGGUUAACCUGUGUGUUGACUUAACAGGCUUUCCCAGGGUGCAGGACCUGGUGGUGCACCGAUGUUGCUGUGUGCUGGCUCUGACCUUUGCAGCAGAAAAUCUGGAUAUUUAUGCAAACAAGAAGGCCUGGGAAAACAAAAUACAACCGCCAUCCUGUUUGCAAUGUCAGGGUCUGCUGGAGGACAUGGCAAUAAGCUCCUGAGUGCAUGAGUUUGUUUAAUGUUUCAGAGUUAUAAGAUGGGAAUCAUAUAGAGGCACGUGCUCUCUGUCAAGCAUACCUACCAUCACUUUUGCAAAGACUGUUUUUUACAGCCUUUAAGUAGCUUAAAAUUAGGACCUGCUUUUUACUUCCCCUCCUGAUUCAAAGAUAUUUAUUUCUUUAUGUUUCUUGGCAUGGCUCUUAUCCUGUGGAUCAUAGGUUUCUAAAGGGAGUAUCUGUCCUUUACCGUUUCCUGAACUUGCCAGGUGGGAGUUGAUAUUUAUGGGGGAUACACUUUUUUCCCCUUGUUACAAAAAAACAGGUCAAUAGUUUUCAGGAAUAAGCUGCUCCUGGUCGAUACAAUUAACUUUCUUUGCUGCCUGUCAGCGUUUUGUCUUUAUACCCUACACUUUGAAUCCAAACUCAGGUCCAGUCAUACUUUAUUCUCUCUGUUAUGAUAUCUGUGCAGUCUGAAGUGUGUUGAGACUAGCUCACAUAUCUGUUAACGUAUCAGUAUACUUACAUUAGACUGAGUGGAGAACUGACAUGUUGGCUAUGUCGCUUAAUGGAAAAUGGCAUGCCAGAACUCCCAGUGGUACUAUACAGUAAUGUACUGCCACAGUUAAUAACUUUUACCACACCACACCACAUAGCACACUUUUUGUUUCUUUCAGUGCUGCUUCAAUGCUAAUGUGGUAGUGAUGAGAAAAUUGUAUCCUCUAAUGCUGUACCGACAGAUUUCCCAUUUUCUUUUGUCCUUAAACAGGUUUUUAUUUAUUUAUUUUGCUAAAUACAAAUUAAAGUUGUUUCAAAUACUCAUAUUAACAUGUUUACCUCCAGUAAUCAACCAAAGAAAGCAUUACUGACAGUUCCAACCCACUUUUGAUCGACGCCAGUGCCAAACACAUGUCUGAAUCUCAAUUGUCCACAUUUCAUGAUCUGUGUGGCUGUGAACCAAUCAGGGAGAUGUGAACUGACCACAGUCAGAUUACUGAAGUUUUAUCACUUAUAAGCUGGAACACCACAAUAAUGCAUGAAAACAAGGUAGGCCCACAAGUCACCUCCCAGCACAUCUGCUUGAAAAUAGACAAAGUUGUAAACAACAAGAGGGCUUGUUACAUGUAUUUUUGUAUGUAUGUAUGUAUGUAGGUAUGUAUGUGUGGAUAUGUAUGUAUGUAUGUAUGUAUGUAUGUAUGUAUCUAUCUAUCUAUCUAUAUAUAUAUAUACAGUAUAUAUAUAUAUAUAUAUAUAUAUGAUUUUUAAAUUGAUGUGCAGCAAGGAAAAGGAAAUGAUAAAGAGCUGUAUUCUUAAUUUAGUUUGUGUAUUCAGUUAUGUAUUUCUCCUUUAAAAAUUACAUUUUUAAUGUAAUUUUCAAAUUCAGCCGUUUAUUUUUUUUACAAUUCUAUAUCUUCUAUGGGGACUUUUAAAUUUUUUUUUAAAUAUACUGAAAUUGAGAUUGUUGUCUUUUAAGGAUAUACAGAAGCAAACAAGACCAUCAGUUACAAGACUGAAGAUUCUCUGUUAUCUCUAAGAAAAUAUUCUGGCUGAAUUGAACACUGUCAAAUUAAAAAUCAGCAGGAUGAGAUUUGUUGAAAUAACUCACUAUUAAAGCACGUAGAGGAAAAGAUAAGCCAAAAUUAACACAUACCAAAAGUUUCUCACCGGUAAAGAUGAAUUUGUAAAUAUUUUUUAUAAUUUUUACAUGUAUUCAUGAGUUAAUAAAUGAAUUUGUAAACCAUUUUAUUAUUAUUAUUUUAAAACUGCACAGUUGCUCUUUUAUUGAGGAAAUACCUUAUUACAAUUUCUGCCACUCUUGUGGUCCUGUAAAGAAUACAACACCAACUUUUUCCUUGUGUUUCUUUCCAGACCCUCAUAAAACAGAAUCUAAGGUUCAGCAGGGUUCGAUUGAUCAGCUUUGAAAAAUCAACCUUGUCAGUCCAUGUAGCCACAAAAUAAUGAGAAAAUAUUGUUUUCUUCUUUUCUUUUUCUUUUUCUGUUCUCAUUUACAUGUUUGAAUCUGAACCUGUACUACACCAAAAAACUGUCAAGCUGAAUUGCUAAAAAAUGACAACCAAGCCCCUCUUCUUCAGUUUUAGUUGUUUAAUACACUUUCAGCUCAAGUUUGUUUUGUUCCUUUCUGGAAAGUCGGAGUGGACUUUGGUUUAUUUGGAUAAUGUGACUGUGUUAUGGUUUGAUAUACUGUACAUAAAGUUAAGUGGACCUGAAUGAUCAACAGGAGAUCAGACAGGAACGUAACAAACAGUCCACUGCAAUACUAUCUGCUCUGUCAGGCUGUAGGUAAUUCAAGAUAAAUGUAAAUAUCAAUAAACUUACAUACUCACAGUGACGAUGCCAGCCUGCUGACUAACUAUCAAUGUGGCACGCUGAUCACAAAGCUUUGUAUCAUCCAAAAACCCUCCCACAAUCCUUUUCUUUUUGACUGUCCUUUUUGUUAUUCAAACUGAGACUAAGUCUAAGGCACUCUUUUGUUACUCUUAGCAUGUAGUCCUUCUGUCGUAUUUUGACACACAAGUGGGUGAGACUAUGUGACCUUAAUCUCCCAUCCUUUUCCUGCUCUGUCUCUCAGGAGCCAUGAGAAUAAAUCCACCACUGAAGGGUUUGUGCAGCUGGCUGUAUGCGCUCCUCUGCUCCAGAUCCUCUCUUUUACAGUUCGGGCUCCUGUUUCUCAGAAAAAAACAGCAGCUCAGAAAAAAUCUGCAGUCACCCCCACUGUUAAAAAUGAAUUUAAGAGAGAAAUAGUAACUUCUCAAAUGUAUUACACUUGGAUUUAAUGGACUUAUUUAUAAGACUGCCCAUGAACUUUGUGUGGAAAAAAUGGAUUUAAUGACAGGGGGGGCAUAAAGAGAUGCACACUUCUGAAAUGUUGUACAUUAAAAUGAAACCCUCCAGAUGAUUUGUCAAUAAUCUCAUGAGCUCAUAACUGUAUUUUUCCUUUAAUGUGUAUUUGGAAGCGAAAAGGAAAAAAUCCUGGAAUGAGCACUUUUGGAACCCGUGAUAGGACAUGAAUAAGUUUUUCCUGCUGUUUUCCCUCAGAGGAGAAUAGAGAGAAGUUUCCAGAACAAUGAACCUGUGCUUGUGUCUCAGCACUACUGACUGAUCUAAUGUUACUGUAACAGAGACCAGCGCUAGAAUAACAGCUGUGCAGUUUUUACAGGUACUGAGAACACAACUGGAUCCAAGGUAGUAAAAAACAAUAUGAUGCAUAGGGUAUCCAUUUCCAUCAAGGACAUUUACAGAAGACUGCGCUUAGAAAUAAUAACAAUAAUAAUAAAAAAAAAAAAACACUCAGAAAAAGCCCUUAAAGCUGUUUUAGCAAAGUGCAGUAUACUCUAAUAAAGCUCAUACUCUACAGAGGACAUAGCAUUACAGCCAGUGAAUUAUCAACGGUUUUGAAUUGUUUUUAAAGGACAGUUUCUGUAUUAUUUGAAAUGAGCAAUUCAUCAAAGUUAAUCCUUAUUUGGCAGAAUUUUGUUUUCUCUCUUUUUUAAUCAAAGUCUUUGUGUGCUUAUUGUUUGUCUUUGACAAUCGUCCAAUUCUCCCUUUUUUGGGCCCCAUCCAAAUUUACAGUUUGACAAUUUUUUGAGCGAUAACACAAAAUGUCAGUGAUUGGCAGUAAAACGGCUAAAACAUACAAACACACCAGCACAGUCUGGAGAGUGUGCAGCCAAAAGGUCAGUUCUCCUCCUCUAUAUAGCACAGGCAGCCUUUACAUAAAUGCUCCUCGGCACAUAGUAAACACAUUUUUACUUCCAAAUGCACAUAAGCCAUCAGGUGUUUGUGUUUCAUUAGCUAUGAAAAGCCAAGAGGAGUUAGGCUUAGUGAAGGGAAGUGGCAGUAACCCAAAACUUCAGGAAAUGGAAGUAAGAAAAGCAAUAAGAUUAUGUGUGAAAGCACAAUGAAAGAGGCAAGUCAGGGCAUCAUUAAGGCUGCAGAUUGCUGGACCAGAUUACUCUUAUGAUGAAUUUUGGACUGGCUUUGGCUGUGACACAGACCUCCUAAUGAGCUACAAAAGCAACUUUCAGGUAUGAAAGAGAAUAUUUCUAUAUAUUUGAUAUCUGUAACUGCAUUACAGGUGAUCAGGCGCAUGCUAGUGAAAGUGCCAAAUGCUGAUUUAUUUUUAUGGUGGAGGGAAGAACACGUAAACCCUUUUUUGUUUAAGGCUGUUAAGGCUUUUAGGAACCAGUGAUCAUCUUCUGUAUUAAACAUAAACACGGUAACUGUGAAAAUUUUUUCAUACAGCCAAAUAUAAAAUUGUUUUACUGCAAUGUAAGUGUGGAAAUCUGAGGAAAAUCUGGCAUGUGCACAAAAAUAACAGAUCUGGACAUGUUUCCCAUACACUGAGUGUAGCGUAUGUGAACCUGGACUUUGUAUGUGUGUGUGAGGUUUUUUGGGCAGAGCUGAAAUGGAGAGUGAGCUUGAGGAGAUCCCUUUCUGAGUACAAUAGAAAAGCAUAGGGGUGCUAUUUUAGGGCUGUUAUAGCACUGAGCUGUAGUCACUGAUUGCAGAUUAAACUCUAUGGGAAUGAAAACCUGCACUGUAGAGCAGCUUCAUUCUACUGACCAAACCAUAAGACUAGUGCUUUGAGCUCCAUGCUGCUGAUCUUUCUGUUAUUCCAAUGGAGGGACGUCAGGAAAAUGUUGUUUUUGGCCUGUGAUGAAGACUGGGAAAUGUCUGAUACACAUGCACACACACACACACACACCCACACACAUACAAUGAUGUGUGUCUGAAAAUUCCCACAGUGCUCAGGAAGUCUUGUUUUCUGUCAUGAGUACUAGUGUUCAGAUAACCCUGCUCUAGGGGGUUUAUUUUAGUAUUUACAUAGGAGUUGUUGCAGAAAGACGGUUUUUGUACCCCUGUGAAGAAAUAAAGUGAUAAUACCUGCUUUCAGGAUUAUUCUCUCUGCACACAGGAGAUUUUCUCAUUCUUCAUUUGCUGCACUUUUUUUUUUUGCGUAAGACUCAUUCAACAAUGUGUGAACAAUAAAACAGUUAUAUAACAGAGACUGCUCAAACUGGAUCCUCCAAAUACUCAACCUUGUCAUGACCAAAUCCACACUAUUCGAAGUGAAUAGAGACCAAAUAAAAUGUGAGUGAAAGCUUUUUUCAGGCACAUAGACGCACACAUCCUCACCCUGCUGUAAACAUUUAAUAGGUUCACUUGAAUGGGAACUUUAAGAGGCUGGAUGUUCAAAUUGUUUGUUUGUAAAACUCCACAUUUGUGGCGACACAUAAUGACUGAAAUGUGGACAGAAACUGGUUUGUCUGCUGUGUUCUGCUGGUAGACAGAGUGGUCAGUUGGAGGCGACUGGUUGGCUGAGUCUGUCCAGCUGAAGUCAUGUCUGUGACUCAGUGCCUCGUCGUCUCUUUGCCCACUUCCUCCAACAUUUUGCCUUUAUUUAUUCUUCAUCAUUUGUUCCUACAGUUAAAGUGCAUUAUGUAACGGUAUAUAAAAACAGCUUUGACCCCUCUUGUUUGGUUGAUACUGAAGUAUCACCAGAGUUUAACAGGGCGUUUCUCACAAUGUGAUAAAGCACUGAAAAAUGGAAAAUCCAGUUUGGUGGCAAUUAUUGUGUUUUUUACAGAGUACAGUUAAAAAAGCAUGCUUCCAAUUAAAGCUCCCACUCUCCAGUUGUGUAGCCAAACAAAUAUUUGGUUCCCAUGAAGACAGAGAUGAAAAGCAAAAUAAAAAUGUUCUUCAUGCUCGUGCACAGAGCUAUGAUUCAGUGUUUUGGAGUCGUGUUUGAUUAUUUUGUCAUUGUCUUUCAGAUUGGAAGCCUGUUUUUGUACAUGUGUUUGGGAUGAAGAGCCUGUGUGAUGUUCACUUCCUCCUACUCAUCCUUCUCUCCCUGUUUGGAGCCGCCACAUCACAAGUGAACCCAGGUCUGUGCUGCCAUUAAAUACAAACUGCAUCUCUAAUUUUUCUGUGUUACAAUUAAGGUGUCUCCGACUGCAAUGAGAUCAUACUCAGAAGUUUGUGACUGCUGUAAAAUAACUUUUGUAAGUUUUGGGUUGUGUUUUUGAGUUCCAGUCCAGACUGGAUCUGAUUCAGUUUUUGGCUCAGUGCUGCUUUGUGGUCCUCUCUCUCUCUGGUUUGGGCUCUUUGAUCCCAGCAAAGCAGCUCUCUCCGGCUCUCUUUGCCGUUUGGGUGGUUUUUGUGAUGUCAAAGAAAAUGGACCAAUAACUUUUAACAAGGAAAGAGAGUAGCAACAUUUGGUGGGUAGAGACAGCGUCAGAAGGGAAGCAAAGGGCUUUUGGUUAUUGUUGAAGGUCUAGAAAUACAGCUGAUAUUUGCCAGUAAAAACCCUAAUCUGGCUACUGUUUAUGACUUUACUCUCAAAGCUUCUGUCAGAAGAUUGAGUUUUCUUCAUUGUUGAAAGGAUAAUAGUGGAUAUGUACUCAGAUGUAGACAGUGAUAAUGAUGGUUUGUCCUAAAGGUUCAACUCAAAGUUGACAGGUCACUCUAACCUCACUCUGUCAAACAGAAUUAGAAAAAAAAAACUGUGGCACAACAGCAGAAAAAAUGCCUCAUCACUUCCACAUCCUGCCUUACUCCACCCCACUUCCACUUUCAAAAUGAAACUCUGUCAAAACCUCUAAAUUCAUUGGAAAAAAAAUCAUUUGAGAAUAUGAAAACAAUAUCAAACCAAGCUCAGUUUUAUAGCACAUUUAAUAUUGACAAGAGUGAACUUAAAGCUUAUAGUCAGUGCAGACUGUUAUAACCUGUAUCAGUACAUAAACAUCACUGAAGGAAAAAAAAAACAUAGCAAAAGCAUUAUUUACAUCAUAAUACUGCUGUAAUAAUAACUCUGAAACAUAAACAUGGCGGCACACUGACUGUCCAGACUGGUGACUCUGCCCAGUUUCAAACAGAGAUGCAUAAAAAACCACAGACAUGACAUUUUUGAAUAGAGUCAACAAAAAGUUAUGCCGGGGCAUUCCUUUAAAGAGUGAGAUACACAGGCAUGUACAAAUACAUACACAGAGACACAUCAUGUUCACAUCAACACAGACUUUAAACUCGGCUCUCCCUGUUUGUCAUCCAUGUCCUCUUUGGGCCAAACUGACAGAAUAACAGAGAGAGCAAAGAGUUUGAUUUGGCAGAAAAGCAAGAAAUGAAAAGGAGAGGGUGAGUGAGCUGGAGAUCAGAGAGACCGUCUAUUACUGACCUUUCUUGCCAGAUUUAAGCGAAACAUGUGACCUGAGUAUGUUUUUAAUUUUCUUUUAGCACUAAGCAGAAGACAGUUUGACUGUUUUCAUUAUACAGAAGAAUCAUCCUUAACUACAUUUAAAUGUGAAUUUUGUAAGAGUUUUCUCACACUGUUUUUUUUUUUCUUUGUGUGUGUGUGUGCAUGUGUGUGUGUGCGUGCUCGCUUGUAUUCAUAUACCCACAUGCACACACAUGCUGUGGAUCCAGCUAUCCCACUGGAGUCUGUGGCUAAUGCAUACCAGACAUUCUGACAGCAGGAAAGUCCAUUCAAAUAGACUGUCUUUCUCCCCAGCCCUUGUGUGUGUGUGUGUGUGUGUGUGUGUGUGUGUGUGUGUGUGCGUGUAGACCACUAUUAGCACACUCAUAAGUCAUGGAGAGGACUUUUGGUGCAUCUGGUCAAAGUUCAACACGUUCAGGUUUUUUUUUUUUUUUUUUAAUCUUUAAUCUGACCUCAGGGAUUUCCUCACUCAGAAACCACACCCCAUUAUUGAAAACAAUCACCUCCAGCGUCAAUAAGAGCUCCAAUCCCACCCUGCCCUAAUAUAUGGAAGCAGGAUAUAUCCACCUAUAAUUCUGUGUAAUGCUUUCGUUCUGCUGCAUUGAGAAGAAGCUCAUUUUUCCACAGUCUGGAAAUAUUCAUAGCUGAAUUUAGUAGAGCUAAGAUGUUGAGUGAUGCCAACUUUCCCCUGUUUAAAAUUCCCAAGCAAUGGAGUUAUACCAUCCCUGUCUUUCCCAUUUUACUCGUGAGUGGGCGAACCUUAUUUCACUGUGGAGAGGGAGAAGGAACGGACAUGAGCGAAGGCCUAGCAGAGCAGCAAAUAUUAAUACUAUUGUGUGGGCCUCUGCUCUUGAACAUGUUUAGAGGAAAUCUUGAAUAAAUCACCAGUACUUGUCUAAAUAGAACCAAAACAGCGACCUAAAAUGUGCCAAAAUGUGCAGAAGUGUGUGAUCUCUCUAAUACAGCUAGCAUGUAGUGAUUUAAUUCAUUAUUAAUUAAAAAGUUCUGGUUUGUGCAGCUUGACGUGACAGGCUUUUGUUGGUGUUUGGGGCGUCAGCCUGUGACUCUGUCUGAUAAUUACAGUGUUGGGCAAAUCUAACAGUCUGUCCUUAAGUUAUAUAAUAAAAAAGGCAGUAAUAUCAACCUGAAGCAGCACAACCAAAACUGCCCCAAACUGACAAGUGUCUCUUUAGAUGUAAACAUCAACUUGCGUGACUACACAGCAUAUAUGAGUGUGAGUGUGUGAGGGAGAGACUUUAUUUUGAGCAGCGGUUAGGAAGCAAACAUGACAGAACAAACCUGCCUUUCAGUAGCCUUGGUGCGGUAAAAAUCAAGAGGUGAGAGAGAGGCUUUGGCUCGUCACUCCUUCAUGUUUCUCCCUCUCUCCGCCACACAAGGCUGGUAUUUUUCCACCUUUUUCUGGUCUGAUAUUUUUAGAUUCUGUGGCCAAAUGUUGAGCCUGAUGAGUGGUGUGUGUGUGUCCGUAUAACUAACACACUCGCCUUCCCCCAACCGUUUCCCCGAGGGGUCAACUCUGAGAGGGUUGGGGAAGUAAAUAAAUACAGCAAAAACCAACAUUGAGGGAGCAGUUGCACAUCCGGUACAUCAUAAUGAAACCCGUCUCUCUGACUCUGUGGAGGAUGUGGUUAAAGACUUGAUAAUGGCGAUUAGCUCCCACGCAAUGCCCCCCCUCCACUUAUUUCCUUUCUUGAGUUUUCUCUAUUUUUAAAUGUUUAUGCGUCUUCCCAUCCUAUGCUGUCCUGUUUGAUUUAUGAUGACAUAUUGUAGAUCUCUUCUCUUUCCCCCUGAAGUUUUUUUUUACUACAGCUAUUUUUUAAACCACAACUAUCAUUACAACAGUUGUGCAAUUAUGUAGCCAAGGACACCACUAAUGUGCUGAGAAUAUGAGAGGAAUAGGACGAUUAGGGUUAGGGUUGGAUGUAAACAGUUUAGAUCAAUUAUGUGGCCAAAGAGAGUCAGGCAGAAAGAAAGAAACAAAGGUCAGAAAAAAAUAAGGUGAAAAGGGGACACCUUAGGAAGCCUUUUUGUUGGUGCUUCGUUUAACCAUCCUCCUGUGUUAGGGUCUGCACCGAUCGUUUUUGAUUUUAAAAGCUUAAAAGAACCACUUGAAUGAGCUUUUUUGCAUCAAGACUUUUUGACUUUGUCAGGAAACUCUAUUUCAACAAAAUAAAAUAAAAAUUAAUUGACUAAAUUCUAAAAUGCUCUAAUUAAAAUUGUGGCAGAUGUCUAUAUGAGGGGUAUACUGACAAAGAAAGGCCCAGAGGCCAGCUAAAAAAAAUAUGAUAAGCAAUAUUUUCAUGGAUAAUGAAGCCUAAAAGGUAACCUAGAGAUGAGAACCAAAUUGGAUGAUAGAGAAUUGUUUUUAGUGUAAUUUAAAGCUGAUUUAAGACACAGGUCAAAACCGACACUUAACAUGGUAGCUGCGUCGUAAAAGCUAACACAGGAGAAAGGUUAGGUUGUCACCCUGUUACUGCCAAGAUGAAGUCUGCAUGAAUGCUGCCUCCCUGCCUGGUUUUGUGCGUACAGACAUGAGAGUGCUGUAUCAGGUCAUCAGUCCCAGUCACAAACCUUUAGGGGUUUCCACAUCUUGACUUUUGAGCAAAUAUUUGCGGGAGAUCAAGAAAAGAGGAAGAGAGGGAAAAAAAGGGAAGAAGGAGCAUGAGAGGGACAGAAAAGGCCUUGAACCUCAAGCGCUGCUGUUGCUGGCAUCUUCUCAAAGGUUUUUCUGUGAGACAAGAGGCCAGGCUAACAGGGUCAGUCUUCCUUCAGCUCCACUGAAAGCACUGACCUGAUCACAUACACAGAAAUCAUAAAAAAAAAUCCUUCCAAAAGGCUCUUUCAUCCUCAAAUGAGGCAACCCAACGAUCAUAUCCUGCUAGGUGGAGUUAUCAGUGUUAGUCCAAAACACAAGACCAACCCAACCCUUUUGACAACAUGUGAGGAAGAAGUGCCCUUUCAUUUUUUCUUCUGAAAACACCAAGAAACAAAAACAUCCCUUCAGAGCCCUGAAAAGGUUAACUGAUACCAUGUCACGCUCAGGUAGCCACAACCUUCGGAGUCUUAUUGAGAUGAGGAUUUCAUUAACCACGAUGUUAACAUUUAACACCUCUAGACACGAAAGGGGACAGGAGAAAAGAGUAAGGCUCAGGACCACACAGGAGGAGUGAGGGGAGGACAGAGAGGAGGCAGAAAGAAAGAGCGUGAGGGGGUGGAGGGGCAUGCAGGAAACAGAGGGCAUAUUGCUUCUAUUGACCACACAGUGGGGGCGUGAUAGCCUCAAACCAGACAGCUUUACCACACACACACACGCAGUAACUUACUCCUGUACAUGUGCUCGAUACCAACGCUGUUUGGACUGGCAGAGACACAGAAUGGAUCCAGCUUAUUAUUUCAAGAAGCAACCACAAUUUUCGUGCACUAAGUGUGUAGCGGCCUUGAUUUUGGGUGUAUACCUGUGUGUAUGUGUGCAGAGCUCUCACAUCACUACCCCGUCCUUUCAGCUAGAGGUAUCCUUCACAUUUUUCGGUUUCUUGACAGAGGCGGGGAAUUAAGGUGUCUCACUCAGAUAUGUCUGAGGGCAAAUGUCUGGUGAAUGUUUUAGCAUGGUUUUAAAAUUUUAACCCCUACCAACACUAUGGUUGGUCUGAGGCAAGUAAGGGGAGCUGAAUGUUUGAAACAAGAGAGUCCAGGAAACUUGACCAAGUCGAUACUAAAUCUGAUGAGAGGAAUACGGUCUCUGUUGUUAUUACCCAGAUAUAAUGCCACAUUUGCCCACCCAACCACUUACGGAUUCUGUUUUAUUAGGUCACAGCCAGAGUGAGAAAUAUUCAUGUAUCAAAGAGCUCCAGGUUUGCUUUACAUUAUGAAUUGAGGAAAAUGACAGACUGUUUUCAUUUCAUUACUUGUUGAUUUCAAAGAAAAUUAAAGUCAACUUAAGUUUUUGAGAAAAGUGCACUUUGUUACAAGAAAAUGAGAAAUACACUGCAUGAUAAACUCAUCAGCUACUACAGCCAAUGAAAGCUAAAGAGUCAUUUAUAGCUUUCAUCGUAACUUUAUCCCCGCAGCUAGCAUUAGGGGACUGUGAAUUAAUAUCAGCAGGGAUGUAAAACUUUCCUUCACUACUAAGGCGUUCUAUCAAACAGGAAUAUUUGAAAAAUAUGGUUGACUAAUGAUGUUUGAUUUUGAUUGCCAGUCGUUCAUGUGACAUCAAACCUUAUUAAUUAAGAUUCCUGACGUUUGUAAGACCUUGGAACAAAGCGAUCAGACAUGGCAACAGCAUCUGAGCUUCCCACACUGUAUGAUAUCAGUGGAAAAUUGAUGAAAAGUGAAUAGCUUAUACAAUUAAAAUAAAUGCUACAUAGGAGCAUCUCUAUAUGAUAUGUUUAAGGGUAAAAUUGUUGAGUAUUACAAAAGAGGGUUUUGAUGAUGAGAACCAUUUGUGAUUGUUGUAAGAACAGAAAAUGAAACAGGGUGUAUAAGUGAGGGGCAUCAGUGGUUAAAUGGUGAAUGAUAAGGCCAAUCGAUAGAUUGUUUUUCAUGUAAGCCAAAACUUGUGUUGAUUUAAUAUUUACAAUAAUUGAUACAUGUGACCAACUAGUUUUACGGGUGAAGGCUACCGAGUGUUUUCCACUGUGGACUCAGUCAUACUUUUAUCCAGUUUGUGAAACAGAAGAACCAUCCAGUUUCAAGAAAGGGUUAUGUGGGAUAGACAAACCCUCUACAGGCUUUUCAGCGUAUUAAUUGAUUUAUUUAGUUGUUGGCAAGCAACAACAACAAGUGCAGAGAAAUUGCACCACUGCAAAAUACCAAAACAGCAACACCAAAGGAGACCACACCACUGUGCAUCUUUAACACCUUUGCAUCUGCACACACCUUACUACCAACAGGAACCACUUUUUUUCCAAAUGGUAACCUCAGCAAAGCCGCCGCCACUGGCCAAACGAAAGGCAUACAUCCAACAAUGGGUGACUGCUCUGUAGAGUCUACACAUCACUUCCAACUGGUCACCCUGGUGAUACGAACUAAGCUUGUGGCAAAUGGCAAACGAGAUCAUUUUCAUGGAUAGCUAAACAAACAAAAUAAUAUAUUGUGUUAUUACAGCUCUUUGAUGAAAAUCAUUGCCUGUAGGCUAAUUCUGACCUUUUCAAAACUGUCAAACACUGUGUCAGAAUGAAGUCAAAAGGGUCUGUAAAUAAUAAAGCUGCCCCUAAAGAAAUGCUAUUUUAAUUACCUAUUUCUUAAGGUCCCAGCCAUUGUACAAAAUGACAUGAGUGUUUACCGCAAACCUUGACCACCAAUAAUGAGCAGUUUCCAUACCUACCUUUUCAUUUACGUCUUCUAAUGAAACAUGUUAAUGUGUUUCAGGGGUGUGUCGGUACCCUCUGGGUAUGGCAGGGGGGCAGAUCCAGGAUGAAGACAUCUCUGCCUCCAGCCAGUGGUCUGAAUCCACUGCUGCUCGGUACGGCAGGUAAGUCCCACCCUCUCACACUCACACAGCCACACACCUACACAUGUGCCUCACAGUAUGUUUACCCUGAUAAUGAGUAUGUGUGGGUGGUUUAUAUUGCAAGGUGCUGUUUUAUUUGCAGUAAACCACAAACUGAGGUAUCAGUUCUGCUCACAGCCACAUGGUUAGGGAGUCGUGUGUGUGUGUGUUUGUGUAUGUGUGUGUGUGUGUGUGUAAUGCAGAGGAACUUGGGUGGCCCUCAGUAAGUAUCAGGAUAAUGAUGUAAUAUUCCCCCAUCCAUCCUGGCCGUGAUUUCAGGCUCUCCUAGUCCCCCAACCUACCGUCCCCUGCCAACCCCUCACCCAAAAUUAACACUUAAAGAUGAAUUUAUGAUGCAGGCUGUCACUGUGGUGUUUUUAUAGCAAGCUGCAAGAACUGAAAUCCACCACCGCACUCACUUUUACUUUCCUCUCACCUUUUCUUCUCCAUCCUGGUCCAACUUUUCUUCUCCCUUGCUCUUUUCCCUUUCCUGCUGUAAUUCUUGUAUGAAUAUCCACCCACUUUGUUCAUUAUUUUACCCUCUCCCUCCCCCUCUUUCUUUCUGUCUCCUCUCCAGGUUGGAUUCUGAGGAGGGCGAUGGUGCAUGGUGUCCUGAGAUAAUAGUGGAGCCAGACAACCUGAAAGAGUUUCUCCAGAUUGACCUGCGCUCGCUCCACUUCAUCACUCUUGUGGGGACACAGGGCCGUCAUGCGGGAGGCAUCGGUAAUGAGUUUGCCCAGAUGUACAAGAUCAAGUACAGCCGUGAUGGAAGCCGCUGGAUAUCAUGGAGAAACAGGCGGGGGAAGCAAGUUAGUAAACCAUCUUUUAACCUUAUUGAUGUCAAGCUAUAAACUAUUUUGACCUUUAUAACAAUCUUCUAAUAAAUUUGCUCUGUGGACUCAUCACCUUAACGUCAUGUUUUUAUUGCAUCUCAUCGAUUAUACCUUUACCUGAUUUAUGGACCUCACCCAGAUAAGACUUAUCAGAGACAUAUUAAUCUUCUCUAUCUAUAAGUCAUAUAGCGUAGCCGUGACUUUGUUGUCCUGAAGAUAACUCUGCCAUUCUCAGUCAUAAUUGGUCACUUUUUGUUUGACUCUCCUGCAGGUGAUUGAAGGAAACAGUAAUGCAUAUGACAUCGUACUCAAGGACCUCGACCCACCUAUCAUCGCCCGUUUUGUUCGCUUCAUGCCCGUCACAGACCACUCCAUGAAUGUCUGCAUGAGAGUGGAGCUUUACGGCUGUGAAUGGCUGGGUAAGAGAGGACGAGAAAAGACUGAUGAGUGGAGAAGUGGGAACAAAGAUCACCUUUACCUUCAAGCUAAUAAAGAUAAAAGAAAGGAAGGGCUGAGAGAAUCAGCUGAUUAGUUGUUCUUUUUCACAUUUACACAUAAGUUUUUUUCUUUUAAUGUUAAUGUUCACCAAAGUAACCACAUCAGGAACUUCUUUUAAAUUAAAAUUUGUCAUCCUGUGCUGUCAAUCUGUCCAGAAAUGCACCAAUCUUAAGUAUUAGCCGAUACACUGUGCAAACUAACUAUUUAAAAAAUGUCUGAUAAUUUGUUAAAACCUUGGACUUUUGAGAUUGAGUAUGAAGAGGCUGAAUAAAGAGGGACACUUGAAGAAAUCUGUGUUGAAGACAGCCUUAGUUGUACUGACCGGUCUUUUAAACUAAUUCUUAAAGCAAAGCCUGAUUAAUAUGCUGAGGAUUUUUCAGGAGCAAAAACCAUAAAUGCAGUCGCAGUAAAGUUUUUUUUUAGCAAAGAGAGCUGGUUAAAAGGAAAAGUGAAUAAUAAGAGAAGCAGACAGUCCACAGACUUUAAAAGCUUUAACUCGGUGCGUGGGUAUAAACUCAUAAGACAAAUGUCACCAAGCCCUUUGACAGACAUAUACUGCUUAUUUCAACAAUUCUGCUUUCUGACCAAUUCUAAGACACGUCAUUUGAAAAAAGCGUUGUCCUUUGCUUUGCAGAUGGUCUUGUGUCAUACAAUGCUCCAGCAGGAGAGGAGAUGACCCUGCCCUCUUACUCAGUCUACGUCAACGACUCUGUCUACGAUGGAGCUGUCAUCCACAGGUUCGAGUGUGUUUCAUUAUCCCCCUCUCCAUUGUCUUACACACACCACCAUGCUUCUUCUUUGUUGUUUUAAGCCUUUGUCAGUACUUUUCCCCCCUCAUUGUUAUUGCCUGGUCACCAUGGUUACAGCAAAGAGACAGACAGUAGGAGUGGGUCAUGGUGGUUUAAUGUUAAGCAAUAUUUAAUAGGAAUGACUGACUCAAUCCUACGCAUGGAGUUUAACCAAUCAGUAUGUUGACAGCAGUGUUUGGGUUAUGGCAUUGUGAAUAAUGCCCUCCAUGACACAAUCACAUGCUUCCUUCUCCCUGCUCUGGAAACAGUGCAGAGGGAAAAGAAAAUGGCUUUUAUUACAAUAUCACAGCCAACAGCAGAGGAGAGGAAUUGGUUUUAUAACACUGCCACCUAGUGUCUAAAUGUAGUACUGUAAAAAAAAUUGUUGCAGUUUUUGAACAAAGGAUGCUCGCUGGGUGUUAUUUUCUGCAUUUAACACACUUUUCUCUCUGUUCUCAGUAUGACAGAGGGUUUGGGCCAGCUGACUGAUGGAGUGUGUGGCCAGGAUGAUUUCACACAAAGUCACAUCUACAAUGCAUGGCAUGGGUGUGACUAUGUAGGCUGGAACAAUGAGAGCUUUCCUCUUGGUUACGUUGAAAUAAUGUUCGAGUUUGACCGCACACGAAACUUCACCUCCAUGAAGGUAAAUCCUCUGAUAAUGCAAUGAAAUAUUCCUCCAACAGCUUUUAUAUCUCUCAUCAACACAGUCUUCCUUGUCUGCAUCAGGUCCACUGCAACAACAUGUUUUCAAAGCAUGUCAAAGCUUUCCGUCAGGUGGUUUGCUACUUUCGCUCUGAAUUAGACUGGGAGGCCAAUCCACUCUCCUUCAGCCCUGGUGUGGAUGAAGUGGACCCCAGUGCACGCUUUGUCACAGUCAACCUGGCUAACCACAUGGCCAGUGCCAUCAAGUGCCAGUUCUACUUUGCUGACGCUUGGAUGUUGUUCAGUGAGAUCACCUUCCAGUCAGGUAGAGGCUGAGGAACCUUGUGUGAGAUUUGUAAUUCUGGCCCUUUAAUGCCUUAUGUAUCAUAUUUGAUACAUACUUCUAUCAAAUCAAUAUGAUCAACAAAUUAUUAAAAAACACCUAAAUAAAGUCCAAUAAAUGAUAAAAAUGUCCUCUUGAGGUUUAUCAGUUUAAAAUAAAACAUCUAAGGUAUCAAACGAGAUAAAUAAACACACUUGUCGAAUUUUAAGGACAUUUUAAUAUUAUUGGUUUUCAAUAGUAAGUGAAACUAACAUUUUAGUUAAAAAUUUUUUUUGAAUUUUCUGGCCAUAAUUUGUGGUUUCAGGCAUUGAAGGGCUGAAUGUCUGUUGGAUUUUUAUCCAUACAAAGUUAGUUUAUUCUUUAAAUAUCUGGAAGUUUUGCUAAAAAUGUAUCAUUGUGAGUUUGAUAGACUGUAAAGCUAUACUUAUACCAUAUAAGAAAAAGCAUUACUAAAGAAGAUGUUUCAAGGUGAGCAGUUCUAAUAAAUACUGUGGCUUUUCAGAUACAGCUAUGUACAACACAACACUGGCUCCACCCAAGACAGGCCUCCCACCUAACCUUCAACCAGGUAAAUCUUAACACCACACGCACAUGAACCUGAUUUAACCGAAUAUUUGAUUAAAAAAUCUUUACCUGGGCACAUUUCAGUUUCUCUGUGCAGGAAACUACUGGUGCAGCUAACAUAUUAUGAGGUGUCUUUAAUGCAAAACCUCCCACUGAGCAUUUUUUGGUCUAAAAGAGGUCUUAUAGACGUCUAAAUGUAGCCUAGAACAGUGGUUCUCAAGUCCAGUCCUCGAGGUCUACUGUCCGGCAUGUUUUGGAUGUUUCCCUGCUCCAACACACCUGAUUCAAAUGAUCAGCUCGUUAUUUAGCUCUGUAAUGGCUUAAUAACGAGCUAAUCAUUUGAAUCAGGUGUGUUGGAGAAGAUGAAACUAUUACAAGUGUUUCUUGUUACACAAAUCAAACCACUGGCAAAGGAAAAACUGUUCUCUACAUUAUAUAUUUCGCUAAAAUCCUGAGAAUGUUACCUUUUGUGCUAUAAGAGUAUCACUAAGUCUUCUUUUAGCAUUUGCAAGUACAGAAUGGUACCACCGACCAAUACACAUACAUACAAACUUUAAUGUGUUCAUCUUAAAGAAAUGUCUAUCCCUGUUGCAUCUCCAGAAGACGACCCCACCCACAAAGUAGAUGACAGCAACACCCGCAUUUUGAUCGGUUGUUUGGUGGCCAUCAUUUUCAUCCUGGUGGCCAUCAUUGUCAUCAUCUUGUGGAGGCAAGUGUGGCAGAAGAUGCUGGAGAAGGUGAGAUCAUCGCUGAUUUCCAGUGGUGUUUUUGAAGCAUCAUUGAGUUUCCUUUGGGAGGUGGUCAGAUCUGUUCCUUCACCCCCAACAUCCUUUAUUCUAGGCCUCUCGCCGGAUGCUGGAUGAUGAACUAACUGCUAGUUUGUCAAUACAGAGUGAGACGUUCGCCUAUAACCACAACCAGUCGGGUACAACCAGCGAGCAGGAGUCUAGUUCCACCUAUGAGCGCAUUUUUCCUCUGGGUCCUGACUACCAGGAGCCGUCUCGCCUCCUUUGUAAGCUACCAGAGUUCGCACAGAGCUCCGAGGAGCCUGGUAGGCAGGCACACAUAUCUGCUGGCUAAAACAUGCUGUCCAUUUGCUGAUAAACAAUGUUUAAGCCCUGUUUCAUGUAUUGUUUUCCAGCUUCUACCAGCACAGCAGCGUCUAAAUCCACCACAGCUACUGUCAUCCAAGAUGGUGUCCCUCAUUAUGCAGAGGCUGAUAUUGUUAACCUGCAAGGUGUGACUGGUAGCAACACAUAUGCCAUCCCUGCACUGACUAUGGACCUGCUCUCAGGAAAGGAUGUGGUCGUGGAGGAGUUCCCUAGAAAGCUGCUCACAUUUAAAGAGAAGCUUGGAGAGGGACAGUUUGGAGAGGUGCGUGUUCUUUACCAAAAUUUUAUCAGCUUUACUUUGUUAAUGUUUGUUGUUGUGUAUAAAUUAUACUAGAAUCCUCUUUUUUCAUGUCUUUUUACACUCAGGUGCACCUGUGUGAAGCGGAGGGAAUGCAGGAGUUUAUGACUAAAGAGUUUUUAUUUGACAUCCCUGAAGAUCAGCCGGUCUUAGUGGCAGUGAAGAUGCUCCGUUCAGAUGCCAACAAAAAUGCAAGGUACUGACUCCACAGGCCGUAUGAAAGGGAGCCCAGUUGGAUUUUCUGAUCACUGUACAUAAGCACUAGUGAAGUGAUCUUCAGGCUCUACAUAAUUUUACAGAGCUGAGAAGAAAAUCAUACAACAGAAGAGUAAAGUUAGUUGAAAACUGAUUCACUUCUGUUUUGUGUUUUGUCAGGAAUGACUUUCUAAAAGAGAUAAAGAUCAUGUCACGUUUGAAGGACCCAAACAUCAUCCGCCUGCUGGCCGUGUGCAUCUACAGUGACCCUCUGUGUAUGAUCACAGAGUACAUGGAGAACGGAGAUCUCAACCAGUUUCUGUCCCGCCAUGAGCCUGAGGGACAGCUUGCUCUUCUCAGUAAUGCCCCAACAGUCAGGUAAAGGUGUCAUACCAACUACUGAGAAAAUUUUGAAUUGCCCGACUAUUUCUGUGAACGUGAUUGUUUUCUCUACGUUAAAUACAUGAGACUGCUUCUUUUCUCUUUUUCAGCUUUAACAAUCUGUGUUACAUGGCUGCCCAGAUAGCAUCAGGGAUGAAAUACCUGUCCUCUUUAAAUUUUGUGCAUCGAGACCUGGCCACGCGGAAUUGCCUGGUUGGCAAAAAUUAUACGAUAAAGAUAGCUGACUUUGGCAUGAGCAGAAACCUGUACAGUGGUGACUAUUACCGCAUACAGGGCAGAGCUGUGCUGCCUAUACGCUGGAUGUCAUGGGAGAGCAUCCUGCUGGUGAGAUCACCACUUAGUAAACUAUGUGACAUGAUGAUGUUUCAUGUUGUUCUAUAAAAUAUGGGCAGAUUUGUCAAGCUCUCUUUACGUAUUAUUUCUUUUGCAGGGUAAGUUUACCACAGCGAGCGAUGUGUGGGCCUUUGGGGUUACCCUUUGGGAGAUCCUAAACUUCUGCAAGGAGCAGCCUUACUCCCAGCUCACUGAUGAGCAGGUGAUAGAAAACACAGGGGAGUUUUUCAGGGACCAGAAAAGACAGGUAAGCGUUGUUGUGUGUAUGAUGCACUUAUAAAAAUCACUUAAUCUCUGGCUUAACUGUUGCUCCCUACCGUGCAGAUCUACUUGCCUCAGCCUGUUCUGUGUCCAGACUCGCUCUACAAGAUCAUGCUGGGCUGCUGGAGGAGGAACACAAAGGAACGGCCAGCAUUCCAGGACAUACACAGAGCCCUCUUGGAAAUGCAAGCAUAA